CAUUUGUGAAACGAGCUUGUAGCCCUACAACUUCAAGACAAUCCACAAUGGUCAUGGGUAAUGGUUUCAAGCUCUUUCACACCAUUUUCUUAGUGAUUGUUUGGCAAUAUUGUGCAAAAGUGGGUGCCACUUUUGGGGAUGAAACCGGUGUCAUAAAUCUCGAUCAUCAAUUUUCAUUUCGUGCCUUUGGAUCACAUGACACACAAGCCCCCAUUGUUGCACCAAUUGGAAGUAGCACAAAUGUUUUAGUGGCAGCACCAUUUGGAAGCAUCGCUCAAACUCCCGAGGCUCUAACCCCAAAGGCUUCGUCAACUGAAAGCAUUGCUCUAACCCCGGAGGUUGCAUCGGUUGAAAGCAUUGCUCUAACCCCAGAGGCUGCACGAGUUGGAAGCACUCAAACCACAACCAUUACACCAAUUGGAAGUAGCACACAAGCAUGAGAGUAGCAUUGAUGUGCAUGGAGGUUUCUUUGCUA